GAGGUCGUCACUCCUGCUCGGGUACUCCUAGUAUGCUACCUCUAUGUAUCACUGCAAAAUUUUCUAUUCUUAAUAGUAUUUUGGAUUUAUUUGUUUCGAUUAAAUCGUUCUAAAUUUAAAACAAAAUAUAAUGUUUGUCGUUUCUUCCUCUUCCCAUAUAGCUGCGCGGAGAAAGACAUUAUCACCUUUUGGGUGGAUUAACUUCCGGGACUCGCUUCGUUGUAAAAAGUACAACACCUUCGAAAAAAGCUCGCUUAUCGUUCACAAGAGGGGCGGUCUGCAUAGGUCUGCAUGAGUGAUCCAGGACUAUGCGAGUCCCGGAAGGUCAAUCAUUUUUUUUGUGGAUCAGUCAUAUCCAAAUGUAGGAAUAAUAUAGAAAAGAAUGAUUGGGUUUCAGUUUUAUUGUACUACAUCCAAUUUUUAUUAUUAUUUAUUAAUUUCUUUAUUAAUUAAACAUACCUAUUAGAUUUAAUUAGCUCAACAUUGCGGCAAAAUUUGAAGAUUUGCGCGAGCAUCUUGCAUGCAAGUCAUACUAUGCUCGGGCACAACUGCUCGCGCACUUUAUUUUGCUCGCGCACUUUCAUGCUGCCCCCCUUUUUUGUUGCUCAUGGUGAAGUUGACUGCUCGCGCACUUCGACCGCUCGCGCAUUUAACAGCGAUUUUUCAAGAUCAUAGUUCAGACACUUCUAGAAGCACCAAAUCAUAUUAUGAAAUAUCUUCCAAGUUCACAACUUAUCCGGACAUUCGUACUUGGAGCAGAUCGUUCCUCCUGAACAAGACCAAUAUCGGCAUGGCCGUUUCUGUGAAAAUUAAAUCCAGGUCCUUUGGAAGUUCUAGAGAUUUCUCAAUUUACGAUUUCGCCCACUCAGGGCAGUUGAAAGGCCGUCGGCCAAAAGCCAACGUUCUUGCCGUCGAUGAUUGCGAAGCUGAUGACGCAAUGGAUGACGAAAUGGUCCCAGUCCAAGGGAAUCAAAAUGGGAAACAAUUGGUACCCAGUGUCCAGGAGGAAGGCGUCUAUUCGGACUACACAAUCGAUAUAUGGUUUAUUAUAUCGGAGUUCGUUCGACCGGAAGAUGUUGGUCGCUUUGCGUUAAUCUGUCGGAAAACAGCAGAGGUGGUUCAGUCAGACAAAUUUUGGCACCAUAUCUAUCGAAGGCACUACGAUCGUACUGUAGAUCUCCCGCGGAGGCUUCAACCGGAUUUUAUGCUGAUGCUGAAAGGCCUUCGCGCACGCACCAUCCGAUCUCUGUAUUACUGUUAUGAACCAUUUACGCAUCGGAUCGCUGCUACCGCUUUUACCGACCCCCACCGAGUAACAGGCCGUCUGCUCAUAUUUUCUUGGUAUACAAAGUGUAAAGCAACUUGGAACUAUUAUUUCAAGCUGAAAACCAAAUUAAUCCCAGGCAGUAGAGCGGACCAGUCCGCUCGAAUGCAGAAACAAAAAGAUUCCUUGCAGUAUUUGCAAGACACGUAUGCAAAUGCAGAAGAAGGCUGUCAGAUAUUGAUAAUUACGACGCAGACCAUGCAUCUGUUGCCGCAGUACCAUGAACAGUUGACUGUAAAAUCUUUUACGCAAACGUUGGCCCAAGGUUUCACAAACUACAAGGUGCGACUGCAGAUGGCCAACUAUUGCCAGCGAGUGGUGGACGAGAUAUUGUUCGUGCCCGUUCGAAAGGUUCGAGUGCUGGACUGGUGGAAUCCGGAGUACUAUCAAGUGGAUCCUACGAUCGAGAAGGAAGUGGAUGAUGAGUCAGAACCUCAUCAAGAUAUGGAAUACGAUGCGGAUAAUGUAUAUUGGGAUGACUAGAUGAAUUGUGUUUUUAUUUAGACAAGCCUCCCGGAAUUCAAAACUAAAUGCACUCGCGUUUUCAAGGGCCCAUUCAAUACGGA